CUCUUUUGUUUGCAGGCCACCUGCCGCUCGUUUGUUCCAUUAACUGGCCAGCCACAGAAUGGCCCACCGCCGCACGGACUCGUCCCGCAAAAUGCACAUCCUCAUGGGCCCCAAAACACCCGUCCUCUCCGACGCCGGCCACAUCGUCGGCCCCCCCGCCCUCCCGACACCCCCGCUCUCCCCCGGCUUCGCACCCGCCAUGCUCGCCCCCGAGCACCGCGACAGGCCCGCGGCCCUCCUCCCCUACGCCACCCCGUCCCACUCCUCGUCCUCCUCAUCGAUCAGCAUCCAGCUCUCCGUCUCCUCCUCCUCCUCCUCACCGUCCGCCGCAGCGAACCCGCUCCGCCUCCUCGACGCCCUCGCGCCCUACACCCGCAAGCGGCCCAAGCACUGGCACCGCACCACGCUCGUCGCCCUCGCCCUCCUCGUCCUCCUCUCCUUCUACGUCUUCCUCGUCGCCCAGCCCAACCUCGGCGUCCGGCUACGGCCCUCCGCGCCCCCCGUCGCCGCCACCCUGCCCCUCUCGCCGCCCAGCCGCAGACCCAAGUACGGCGCGGUUCACCACAGGCCAACAAGGCCCCAGCUUACGCUGGACCCCGCGCAGGAGCUCGCCGCGGUGACGUCCUUCAUCGUCGCCCUCCCGCAGAACGUGAUCCCGCCCAGCGUCGAUCCCAGUAAACCCAUCGACCCGGAGCUGGUGCUCGAUUUCGACACGCGGGGCGAGGGCGCGCGCGCAGAGCUCGACGAGGUCAUCAGAGACGUGUGGACGCGUUUCCCCGUCAUUCUGUUCUCCAAGUACCACUCCGCCGCGUCGCGCGAGGUGAAGGCGAUCCUGGACGGGAUGAACCUCAAGCCCGCGCCGGCGAUUAUCGAUGUCGACCAGAGACCCGACGCAGACACCCUCGCCCCGCUGCUCUACCGCCUCACCACGCCCUACCUGGACACCCUCGCGCCCUUCCCCGACGCGCCCGAGGCCCCGGCGCUGCCCGUCCUGCUGCUCUCGGGCCACCCGCUGUCGCUCACGCAGAUCCGCGAGCUGAACGCGCGCGGCGAGUUGCGGGCGAUGGUCGGGCGGAGCGGGGCGGUCGUCGGGGGCGGGAAGCGGAAGAAGGGCGGGCGGAGAUGAGCCGUGAUCGUGGCUUGCCCGUGGAGAGAAGGGGAGAGCGAGAGACCCCUUUUAAUGGGGUGGGAGAGGAGCGGCAGCUGGAUUCCUGCCGCCUCGGACUACGCGGAAGGGAUGGUAUUACUACGACAUACAUACGGCUUGGUGAAAUAAUUGGUUGGGCGGGCCUGUACAUGCAUAUAUCGACGGGGUGUAUCUUACUUAUGAUGCUGUCAAGUAUGAGUACGUACGUGUUUAUGAUAGAGAGACCUCGAUGGACUUUAUUUAUA